UCGGUUCCGGACGGUCCUGAAACAAACCAGAGUCAGGUCAGUUCGGCAGAGGAGGCGCUGCAAGCGAUGGGAUGGGCCGCUUCUUAACAUCCGCUCCCGACCAAUCAAAUCGAUCGAUCCGAUUCAAGCAGCCAAUCACAGCAGUGCAUUUCUCAUCACGUGACUACAGGACCGAACUUCAACAAGCAGAAAACAUGAACUGCCUCCAUGUUUUUACUUGUUUUAACCCAGCAGAACUUUUUACUGAUACCACGUGUUUCACCAGAGCUCUUCUGAAGUUCUGAUCACGGUUCUGACUGUUUGGACCUAAAGAAGUUCUGAUCACGGUUCUGACUGGAUCCGUUUGUUGUUGUUUUUUUACCCUCGUGAUAAAGUUAGCGGUUUAUCGGGGCUCGUGACAGAAAGUUAAACAGAGUCCGCUGACUCCGUAGAUCCAAAAUAACCGAAGCACGUGUUGGGUCAAUACUUUAUAUGCGCGCGCACGAGAGGUGCUCGCGGACAAGCAGGCGCGAGACGGUCGGGUUCGACGUUCAAGGAAACGGGUUCUGAUCUGAUGGAGCUGGAGGAGUCCGGGAUCGGGGAGGAGUGCGGUUUGUUCGGCUGCGUGUCUGCGGGAGAGUGGCCCACUCAUCUGGAGGUGGCCCAGGUCCUGACCCUGGGGCUGGUCGCCCUGCAGCACAGGGGUCAGGAAAGUGCUGGCUUUGUGACGAGUAAUGGAUCCAGCCCUGUCACAUACACAAGCCACAAGGUAAUGCGUCACGGUGUGGGCCUAUCCACCGGCUCAGACAGUGAGUUAAUCACUCAGCUGCUGGCUUUGACUCCGCCCAUGGAGGAACUGGACACACCUGACUGGGUUGCGAGAAUUAAGAACCUGAUGUCUGAAACUCCUACGUCGUACUCUCUGCUGAUCAUGUUCAAAGAUGUCAUCUAUGCGGUGCGUGACCCUUACGGAAACCGUCCCCUCUGCAUUGGAAGGCUCGUUCCCAUCUCCAAACUCCACAGUACAGGUGCAGAGGAGGAGGACACGGAGGGCUGGGUCGUGUCAUCAGAGUCCUGCAGCUUUCAGUCCAUUGGUGCCAAGUACUACAGGGAGGUCCUACCAGGAGAGAUUGUGCAGAUCUCCAAGCACGGAGUCCAGUCUUUGUGCAUCGUGCCCCGUCCUGAAGGAGACCUUCCUGCCUUCUGCAUUUUUGAAUAUGUGUAUUUUGCCAGACCAGACUCUAUUUUUGAAGGACAGAUGGUGUACACUGUGAGGCAGCGCUGUGGUCGGCAGUUGGCCAUCGAAGCUCCGACAGAUGCAGACGUGGUCAGCACUGUACCAGAGUCUGCCACACCUGCUGCUCUGGGCUACGCUCAGCAGUCUGGGCUUCCGUACACAGAGGUGCUGUGCAAGAACCGCUACGUGGGCAGAACAUUCAUUCAGCCCAACACUCGCUUGAGGCAACUCGGCGUGGCCAAGAAGUUUGGGGUUCUAACAGACAACUUUGCAGGGAAACGUGUGGUGCUGAUCGAUGACUCCAUCGUUCGAGGCAACACCAUUUCCCCCAUCAUCAAACUGCUGCGAGAAGCUGGAGCAACACAGGAGCGGACAGUGUUGAGUAUCUAACCGUGGAAGGCCUCAUAUCAGCCGUUCAGGAGGGAACCGCCUCCUUCCAGGACAAGAUCUGCUCUGGGAAGAUGGUGGGUCACUGCACCGCCUGCCUGACAGGGAAAUACCCUGUGGAGCUGGAGUGGUGACUCUUCUGACGUCUCAGUCCUGCUGUCUGCACCUGGACCUCGUCCACAGCCGUCCCUCUGCAGCUGGAGUUCAGCUCUGGUAUGGGCUGCCGUUUGUAAAGUUACACAGUCAAAAAUUACCACCAAUAUUUUUGUUUUAUUUAGCUUUUUAUAAGAAA